AUGCGGUCCUUCUUUUACCACUUGAAAUUUGAGCUCUACCCGACUCCCAGCCCAACGGACGGCCAAUCUAAAGGCAAGACACAUACUUCUUCGGCUGGCAAAGAAGUUUGGCUUCCGCCGAAAGGGAUCGACAUCUUCGACGAGCUCCCGACACAUUCUAGGAAAUCCGCGAAGAAAUCCUACGUUCACAGACCGCAACCCUCGCCGUUGCAGUCAUACGAAACAACCCUUCCCGCCGAUACCUACCGAUCGAACACACAAGCGCAUAAUACCUCUGUAAACGCUGGUCUGAUUGACUGCGGCCCCUCGAGAGCACCUGUAAAGGAGGACAGUGGUGGAAACCUCGAACGGUUGACCGAAAGGCAGUGGAGAGCGCGCACCCAGAGCUUUCCACCUCCGCCAUCGUCCGCCGCGAUACGGCCUGAAACGGCUGUUAGAGACUGGAGAUUUGGGCAGCUGAGCAUACAGAGCAUCGACUUGCACGACGAGCGUCAGCGAGAGCAAAUGACGGCGGAAGCGGCUAGCUCGUCGGCGGCGCUCGGCGUGGGCCCCACGUUCGCGGGGACGUCAACGAAGGCGAAGUACGUGCCGCUAGAGACGAAGAACACGGAGGUUGGCUGGGGCGUGGUACACUUCUAUCGCGAGGAGGAGGAGACGCCAGAGUUAGGUCUUGACCCGUCAGAAGACGAUGGAGUCAAAGAGGUAGACUGCACAACCCUCUGCAUACCGGCAGUGCCGAGCUACCUCACACCAGGUGAUUUCCUAGGAUACGUGGGUGAAAAAUGGCGGAACGACAUCAGCCAUUACCGGAUGGUCAUGACCGCCAGGAUGAACCGGUAUCUGGUCCUCCUCAAGUUCCGCAACAGUGAGCGCGCGCGGAAGUGGCAGAGGGAGUUUGACGGCAAGGUCUUCAACAGCAUGGAGGCCCAGGUUUGUCACGUCGUGUUCGUCAAGUCUAUCACUUUUGAGACGCCGACAAGAGAAAACCGCACGUUCCCCGACCUCAACCACGAUCCGUUUACACCGUCCUCUUCUGUCGCCGCGUCGAGCAGCCUCAAACCCUUCCCUCCCCCUACACCAAACCUCGUCGAAUUACCUACUUGCCCGGUGUGCUUAGAACGUAUGGACGAUACAACCGGUCUCAUGACGAUCCCCUGCCAGCACGUCUUCCACUGCAACUGUCUCCAGAACUGGAAGGGCUCAGGAUGUCCCGUCUGCAGACACACGAACCCUGAAACCACAUACGACCCGUCGAACCCGUAUACCCAACCGUUUGGUUCCUCCGUGUCAAAUCUCUGUAGUUCAUGCGACUCACCAGACGACCUCUGGAUCUGCCUCAUUUGCGGAAACGUCGGCUGCGGUAGAUACAAAGGUGGUCACGCAAAAGAUCACUGGAAAGAGACGGCACACAGCUUCGCGCUUGAGCUCGAGACGCAGCAUGUCUGGGAUUAUGCGGGCGAUACCUGGGUCCAUCGCCUCAUCCGCGACAAAGGCGACGGCAAGGUCGUCGAGCUGCCAGGUAGCAAUGGACAGCACCACCGACCGGAAGGGGGCUACGAGGAUGUGGUGCCGCGGGCAAAGUUGGAUAACAUCGGUCUGGAGUACACCCAUCUUCUCACGAGCCAACUUGAGUCGCAGCGGGUGUACUUUGAGGAGAUGCUCAGCAAGGUGGCGGACAAGGCGUCAAAGGCCGCCGCAACGGCAGAAUCCGCCUCCGCACAGGCUUCAGCCGCGCUGGAAGAGAACGCGACUCUCAAGACAGAACUCAAUCGUCUCAAGACACAAGUCAUCCCACAACUAGAACGGGACGCAGAGCGGGACAGAAACAAAGCCACCAAGUCGCAGGAACUCGCACGAAACCUCGGCAAGGCUCUACAAGAAGAAAAGGAGGUCACUCAGGGGCUGAUGAAGCGUGUGGAGCACAACAACACCGAGCUCGAGGCGUUGAAGAAGAAGGACGGCGAGUACAAGGUGCAGAUUGCGGAUUUGGAGGAGAUGAAUCGGGACUUGACCAUGUUUAUUUCUGGGCAGGAGAAGCUCAAGGAACUGGAGAACGAGGGCCAGCUCGAGGCUGGUGAGGUCGCUGAAGGCAGCGUUAGCGUUGCGAAGAAGGGCAAGCGGAGAGCCAAGAAGUGA